AUGGUCUCCCUGUGGCCCUGGAGGGGCGAGGAUAACUCCCCAGCAAACUUCGAGAAAACCCUGUCCACUCUGUCCACCAAGAUCGCAGAGGCCACCACUCGUCUCGACCAGCAUCGCUCCUCUGCUCGUCGCUUCAAAGCUCUCUGGACCCUCUAUUCAACCUUUGCAUAUCUCUUCUACAGCAUCGUUCUUGCUCUAGUGUUAGGAUGGGAGAGUUGGGGCGUCAAGGAGUACGCUGCCAUUGCUGGCGGACCCGUCCUUAUUUACGUGGUUCGCACCUUUGGAUCCCGCAUCUUUGACUAUCGCAUCACCAGGAUCCAACGCCGCCUGGACGACUACAAUAAACAACGUGACGCGACGAUCGAGAAGCUUAAGGUCGCGACAAAGUACAACUCUACCCAGCAACUGCUAGAAAAAUACGGCGGCGAGUCUCCUAAACAAUUCCCUUCCCCAAACACCAACACCAACGCCGGACCCGGAUCGACCGAGAAACGCAACCCGCCCACUCCCUCGCAACCCGUCGCCAGAACAGGUCUACCCCCACCACCCACUGCCAAUAUCCGACGUGCUCCUCCUCCCGGUCAACAACCCCUUGCAGGACCCCCCGGUUUCGCGCCGAAUGCCUUCCCCAGUUCCGGUCAAUAUAUUGAACAGCCUCACUGGUAUGAUCGACUUCUCGACGUUCUCCUCGGCGAGGAUGAGAUGCAGCCGCGGAAUCGGAUGGCUAUGAUCUGCGCGUCUUGUCGGUUGGUCAAUGGUCAGGCUCCCCCGGGGAUAAAGACACCGGAGGAACUCGGUCGUUGGCGAUGUGGGAGCUGCGGGGCUUGGAAUGGAGUUGAGAGCGAGACUACCAAGAUGCUCUCGAGCUUGAGGCAGCGGGCCCCUGGUCAGGGAUCUUGGGAUGCCGGACGGGUUUCUAAUGAGAAUAUCCCUGGGCAAACUGAGGAGGAGGAUACAGUUAUUGUGCACAAUAGCGAGGAGGAUGCGGAGUCUGCUAAGGAGGAAUCCGAGGAGGAUGAUGUCAAGCAGGAGCAAGAGGAAGAAGAAGAAGAGAAGACCGAGCCCGAGCCUGUGAGACGGUCCAAAAGGAAGGGCGGGAAGAAGUAG